CUUAAGUUUAAAGACACUAAAACAUUAUAAUAAGAUAUUUUCUUUACAUACAUUAUAUUUUAAUUGUGGGAAGACACUCUCUUUUAUGUGCAAUGGAGUUGCUCUUACCUAUUUGACGUUUGAACCACACAAAUCCAUAAACUCUUUGGUGGAUCAUAUUCUUCAUCGUCUCUUUUGAUUGUGUGUAAGAAUGUCAAGCAUGAAACUAUAUCUAUAAAUCAAUGAGAGAUGUCUUUGAAGUAGUUCUAGGGUUUAUUUCUUGAGCAAGAAGAAACUGUUAUCGUCAAGUGUUCGUAAUAUGUCUGGAAAGAAGAAGGAGCUUUUGUCCUCAGCCAUGAAGAGAACUAGCGAAUGGUUUAAUCCUCACUUUGUUCCAACUUUUUCUCAUUUUAUUUCUUAUUUUUUACAAAUUAAAUUUCAGGAUUUCUUCUCAAGAAAUUCCUAGUGACGUCACUGUUCAUGUUGGAGAAACUUUCGUUUUUACUCCACAAGUUUCCACUUGUUUCAAAAUGUGGGUUUAUAAAGAAACUUGCUUCUGAAUCAAGCAAUGAUUCCAACAUUAUCAGAAUCCCAGAUUUUCCUGGAGGUGCAGAAGGAUUUGAGCUAGUCAUCAAAUUCUGCUACGACAUAAGCUUCGAGAUAAACACAGAGAACAUUGCGAUGCUACUAUGUGCAGCAGAGUAUCUAGAGAUGACAGAGGAACACUCUGUUGAAAACCUAGUGGAGACAAUAGAGGUUUACUUAAACGAAGUGAUCCUCAAGAGUUUAUCAAAAUCAGUUAAAGUUCUGCAAAAAUCUCAAGAUUUGUUGCCUAUAGCCGAGAGAGUGAGACUCGUGGACCGGUGUAUCGAUUCAAUCGCUUAUGCAAUAUGCCAGGAGAGCCAGAGCAAUGAGGAUAUAGUUGACUGGUGGGCUGACGAUUUAGCUGUUCUAAAGAUUGAUAUGUUUCGACGUGUCUUGGUCGCGAUGAUCGCUAGAGGGUUUAAGAGAUACUCACUUGGUCCAGUACUUAAACUCUAUGCCGAAAAAGCUCUUAGAGGGUUGGACAUUUUUGGGAAAGAGGCAAAGAAGAUGGAGGCAGAACAAGAACAUGAGAAAAGGUUGAUCCUUGAAACAAUAGUGAGUCUUCUUCCGAGGGAGAGAAACUCAGUGUCAGUUAGUUUUCUUUCGAUACUUUUAAGAGCUGCGAUAUACCUCGAAACCACGGUAGCUUGCAGGCUUGAUUUGGAGAAGAGAAUGGGAUUGCAAUUAAGACAAGCUGUUAUUGAUGAUCUCUUGAUUCCUUAUUAUUCAUUCAAUGGAGACAACACAAUGUUAGAUGUUGAUACUGUUCAACGUAUCCUCAUGAACUAUCUUGAGUUUGAAGUUGAAGGAAACUCUGCUGAUUUUGCUAGUGAUAUUGGUGAAUUAAUGGAGACUUAUCUGGCUGAAAUCGCUUCUGAUAGAAACAUAAACUUCGCGAAGUUCAUCGGUUUUGCUGAAUGUAUUCCGAAACAGUCUAGGAUGUAUCGAGCCAUUGACAUCUUCCUCAAGACACAUCCGAAUAUAAGUGAAGUGGAGAAGAAGAAAGUUUGUAGCUUAAUGGACUGUAAAAAGCUAUCGCGAGAUGUGUAUGCUCACGCAGCUCAAAACGAUCGUUUCCAAGAAAAUUUAAGCAAUUCAGAUUCUCCAGCACCAGCAACAGCAGAAAAAACUCUUUCUCCUCCUGAGCUCAGCUCCUACAAGAAUGAACUCUCCAAACUAAACCGGGAAAACCAAUACUUGAAGCUUGAGUUGCUCAAAGUGAAAAUGAAGUUCAAGGAGUUGGAGAAGGAGAAAGCUUUUGAAGUCAUGAGUGGUUCGGAUUGUUCUUCUUCGGUUUCAACUGCUUCGGUGGCUAAGCCUCGAUUACCUAGAAAGUCAUUUAUAAACUCUGUUUCUCAAAAACUCGGAAAGCUUAUUAACCCUUUUGGCCUCAAACAAGGACAAACCAAACAACCUAAAAGCAGAAGACACUCUAUAUCUUAAACAAUACAUGAACACUUGUUCUUGUUGGAAAUUUUCAAUUUCUAGUCAUGGAUGUUUCUGUGUUGAUUGUAUAGAGAGCUGAGAAUGUCUUUGAGUUUAUGUGUUGAGUAUAAUCUUUUUUUUGUCGACAUUUUGUGUUGAGUAUAAUCUUAAGA